GUGCAGCUGCUGUCAGUUUGUAGUCAGUAGUCCACAGGUACGCAACGCGUUCGGGCGACUGGCUGUCUGUGCAUGUGCGCGAGCGCGAUAGUGAGUGUACCUGUUUAUUAUUGUUAUUAUAAAAUAAUAUUAUAACUACACGAGAUCGUAUUCGUUUGUCGUCGACAAUAUUUAUAAGUCACGCUCAAGUAUUACGCGAUUCGGGCAGGUAACUGUUUUUCGCUCGCAUAAUAGUGAAAAAACGCGUCACUGUGCAGAAAGUUAUCGUAACAGUAUCAUUGUUAUCAAAUCGUUAUCACCACCAGACGUAACCAACGAUUUUGGCACAUAAAUUCUUCGACAUAGACCGCGGUCCGCAACCGAGCAAGCCGCAACAACGUUACUUAUACUUUGGUAGUCGACUGCAACUGAUACGGACGUGGAGACGAUCGCAUAAUACAAAACUUAUACUUAUCGGAAAAAUCCGAAGAGUUUCACCGUAGAAGGCUACGCGUAAAAAGGAGAACUUUCAUCGGGUAAUCGGCGGCGGUGACUAUAAGCGUUCUCGAGGCAUCCCCCGUCACGUCAUUCAUGAAAAUUUAAUAUGCCCGGACAACUCUCUGUGUGGCCCGUAUGCCUUUUCAGUGUCAAUAAACCAGAAAUUGGACGCGUCAAGAAUUCUCAUACUUCCUCAAAAAGGUGUAAUGAAGCGCGGCGUAUGUCCGAAGGUGGUCUCGUCAUGUCUUCAUGCGCGGCUGCCAACUUCAACAACAACAACACCACAAACGCAAACAACAACAACAACAACGGCGGCGGCGUCGGCAGGACGUCCUCCGUCCUGCCCAGGCGCAAGUUCAGCUUCCCGGCGGUGCUUCAGUCGCACGGUCUGCAUUCCGAACUGGGCGGCGGCGGCGGCGGCGGCGGCGUCGACUUUGGCGGCGGACCGUCGCUCACCGUGGCCACGGCCCGCCGGCGGUUCAGCAACGUCAGCGACGUCGUGUCCCGGAAACUGUCGCACACCAUCGGCUGGCGGACGGCCGUGCCGACGGAACAGAUCGCGCGACAGGGCAAGGCGCUGUGCGUGCAGUACGUCCGGUGGAAGCUGAAGCGGGCCGGCGCGUACACGAAAAAGUGCGCCGGAGCGUUGCGCGCGGCCACCGCGGCCGCAAACCCGGCGGCUCCGGUGGACGGUAACGGCGGCGGCGGCGGCGGCGGCGGCUCUAGUGGCGGCUACUUCAUACCGCCGCUACAGGCGCUGGCGGCCGGCGCCGACCACGGUGACAACGUACGCCACGAAGUGUUUCCGGCCGUGCUCCGGGUCGGACUCCAGUUGGAGCGGCUCGACCCCAAACUGUACGCGGCCGGAACCGUGGCCGCCGAGACCGCGGCCGCCUGCGCCGGUGCGUCCGCGGCCGCGGGCAACCCGUCCGCCGCGGCGCCGCCGUCCGCCGACUCGGCCGCUUCGGCUCAGCAGCGGCUGUUCCAGCGGCACCGCGGGCCGCCGCCGUACAGGAGAAACGCGGCCGCCGCUUCCGUCGUCCUGGUGUCCGUGUCCCGGGAGCUGUUCCGGGCCGGCGCCCAGGUCACGUGGGCCAAAGUCGUGUCGCUCGUGUGCGUGGCCGCCGGGUUGGCGGUCGACUGCGCGCGCCGCGGCCGCGCCGAUCAGCUGCCCGACCUGAUCGAGGCCGUCGGCGAAGUGAUCGAGGACGAUCUGGCCGCUUGGAUACACUACAACGGCGGAUGGAUGGGCCUUCAGUCGUACUGCAAACCAGUGGUUAUCAACGUCGAAAAUCCUGUGUCCACUCAAAUCCUGUAUUUAGUAUCAUUGCUCAUAGUUGUCAUAUUUUUCUUAUUGUUAUUGAGGUGGUUCAACUUCAUAUCCGUUUUCCGAUGAACAGUCUGCGGCAGAAGACUUCCAAAAAUAUUAUACAAACAUAUUAUUUAUUUAUAUACGUAUAUAUAAAUAUAUUUUAUUAGUACAAUAUACGUUAUAUAUAAAUAGGUG